ACAUGAAAUCGGCGCUAACGAAGAAGAGAGAAAGUGGUGGUACUCUGUGAAUCGCCACUACUGACGCACACAGAGCACGACAACAUUCUUUGUCUUUGUUUCGAGUUUAAUCGAACUAAAGUUGGUCUUUUUACAUCGCUGGUUUAAGAACAUGCCGAAAGAGGAGAGUUCGAAAGUCACUCGAAGAAGCACUAGGUCAUCAGCUUCUGCAACUGUUGAGAACCCAGAACCUAUUGAAUCCCACCCACCAACCAUUGAUGAUCUCACAUUUGGGGAUGAAUCAAUCACUUUGGAUGCUGUUCUAUCUGAUUUUCCUGGCAGACGCUCUCAGAUUUUCGACUUUAUUCGACUUAUGGGCCCGUUGGAUUGCCCUACUCUUCCAAUAAUGAUCUAUGGAGGCGCUUCUACUGGAAAAACCAGUGUUGUUCUUCAGGUGCUCAGGCAUCUCAAUCGCCCCUUUGUUUAUUCAAGCUGUCGUACAUGUUACAAUCCGCGUAUCUUGUUUGAGUCGAUCCUGAAUCAGUUGUUGCUACAUAGGAAAUGUUCUUCAAACGGGUAUUCUAGUGCGAAACGAUGUGACAAGCCAUCUGAUUUUGUCAACUUGGUUCGUGAAGCCCUUAGUAAUGUGAUAAAGACUCUCGAGUCUGCUUCCGGAACCUCAAGACUAAAUAAGCCAGAUGAAAAACCCAUGGGGAAGAUGGUGUACUUAAUACUUGAUAAUGUGGAUCUUAUCAAAGACUGGGACAAAGGGAGUAUGAUUCUUCAGUUUCUUUUCAGUUUGGAUUCUGUUUUGAAGAUGCCUCAACUUGGUAUAGUACUUAUCAGCGGAUUGCCACCAGAUGUGUAUUACUCAAACAUGGGAUACACAGACCCUAUACCUCUUCUUUUCCCUGAGUAUUCUGAAGAGGAUCUUCGUCAAAUUUUCUUGAGAAAUCAAGCUAACCCAAAACUGUACUCUGCAUUCCUCGACGCUGUGUUGAGAUCAUUCUGUAGAGUCACCAGGAGAGUUGAGGAACUUUCCACUACCUUCUCGUCAUUGUUCAGAAAGUAUUGCGAACCGCUUGAUGAUUUAGGGAUUUCACCUAAUGAAGACAUGAAGAGAAGGCUGUAUAGCCAUCUUAAACCGUUUAUAGCUCCUUGUUUAAAUGAUAUAUUCAGGGUCUCCACUCACCCUCAUGAUGGUGAAACCAGAGGCGAGAGAAGGCAGAAAGUCAGCUACAGUUCUGAAAACCGUGAAGAACUUAAAAUAUUGGACUUCCAUAUGUCUACUUCAGCAAAGUAUCUUCUUAUUGCGGCAUUUCUUGCUUCGAGAAACCCAGCAACGCUAGACGCGUCGAUGUUUGACUCCACAGGAGGCAUGGAUAAUCGUAAAAGAAAGCGGAAGGCCUCUGAGAAAUCAAUGGAAAAGAAGGAAAUUGCAGAACAGGAAGCAGUCAUGAAAGGACCUGGAAGCUUUCCACUGGAAAGAUUAAUGGCGAUAUUCCAGUGUAUUGCCUCUGUUGGAGAUUCUUCAUUUGGCGAAGAGAACGAAGGAGAAGAAGAAGAAGACGCAACGGGGUACGACAGAGAGAAUAACAAUCUGAUGUCUGAUAUUCUACUGCAAGUGUCAAGUCUUUGUGAUGCAAACUUUUUAAUCAAAAGCGGAAGCUGCCCAUUAGAAGGUUCUAUUAGGUACCGUUCUAUGGUCUCUGAAGAUCUGGCUCUGAAGGUUGCGAAAAGCCUCAGCUUUCCACUAGCCAAAUACUUGUACAGAAGAUAAUGAAAUGUGAAAUUCAAAUGUUUUGGGAGGACGAAACUAACGGUACACUCUUAAUUUAGCUCUUGUAUUGUACUAUGGAUGUAUCCGAAACUUUAUAGUAUUUGUAGCAAUUUCCCACUUAACUAACUCUGUGGUCUGUAAAAUUUGUGUAAACAGUUUUACUAGAGUUUCUAUGGCAAUUGAGUUCGGAAUC